AUGGUGGUUUACAGGAACACCUCUCAUGUCCGCUGUCAGUGCCACAGACUUGGCACUUUUGGCGUGCUGAUGGACAGCUCACAGAGAGAGCAGCUGGAGGGGGAUCUGGAGACAUUGGCCCUGGUGACAUAUUCCUCUCUGUGCAUCUCUAUGCUGGCCCUCCUCCUCACCGUCUUGGUGCUUUCUUGCCUCCGAGGCCUCAAGUCCAACACCAGGAGCAUCCACUCCAACACAGCGGCAGCCAUGUUUUUAUCCGAGCUGGUGUUUUUGCUUGGCGUCAACCAGACGGAGCAGCAGUUCCUGUGCACAGUUGUUGCCAUCCUGCUGCAUUACUUCUUCAUGUCCACGUUUGCUUGGAUGUUCGUGGAGGGUCUCCAUAUCUACAGGAUGCAGACCGAGCAACGCAACAUCAACUAUGGAGCCAUGAGGUUCUACUACGCCAUCGGCUGGGGUGUGCCUGCCAUCAUCACAGGCCUGGCUGUGGGUUUGGACCCGGAGGGGUACGGGAACCCAGACUUCUGCUGGAUCUCCAUGUAUGACAAACUCAUCUGGAGCUUUGCUGGUCCUGUCGCCAUUGUCAUCCUGAUGAAUGGAGGGAUCUUCAUGGUUGUCGCCAAGAUGUCCUGUAACCCAGCUCAGAAGGAGACCAAGAAACUCCCUGUUGUUGCUAAUAUCAGAAACGCCUUCCUGCUCAUGCUGGUAGCCACCUCCACAUGGCUGUGCGGUCUGAUGGCUGUAAACAACAGCAUCCUGGCUUUCUACUACAUAUUUGAUAUCCUCUGCCUUCUGCAGGGUCUGGCAGUGAUGCUGGUCUUCACUGUGUUCAACUCAGAAGUUCAGGAGGCCUGGAGAGUUGCCUGUCUGGGUAAGAAGAGCCCCGGAGAAGACCCACCAAGACCACCACAGAGCACAAAUCCGUAUCAUAAUGCAUCUCUGCUGGAGCAGAGCGGGCUGCACCGUAUCACCCUGGGAACCUCCACCAUCUCCUCCGUCAGCUCUGCAAGAGAAAAUCUUCUGGCGCGUCAAACUCUAGAACAGAACCUUGUCCAGACCGGAGCGACAGACCUGGAUGUGGCCAUGUUCCACAGAGACGGAGGUGGGGACUCGGACUCAGACUCGGACCUCUCCAUGGACGAAGAGCGCAGCCUCUCCAUCCCUUCUUCUGAGAGUGAUGACAACGUGCGUCUCCGUGGGCGCAUCCAGCGACGAUUCAAACGCUCCAAUCACAGCGAGCGCCUGCUCACCGAACCCACCAACAACGGCACCAAAGAUCUGGAUGGCAAUGACCUUUUGUCCUACUGGCCAGCUUUGGAGGCAUCGGACACACACACCUUACAGAAGUGGGGCUCGGAGCGGCCCCUGGGUGCAGAUUACAGCAAGGAUGCUGCCAACAACAACCAGCUGGACGCAGCGCUCACCAGUGGGGAUGAAAACAGCCUCUCUCAGCCUCACAGGCACCGCAAGGGUAUCCUAAAAAAUCGUCUUGGAUGCCCACCAGCACUCCAGGGUCUUUCCACGAUGGGACACGUCCCCAGUGAACUCAACUGGUACCGAACCUCCACACUUGGCCAUCGAGGCGUUCCGGCAGCUUCAUAUGGCCGCAUGUACUCUGCCACAGCCGGGGCCACAGGAGGUUCUGGCUCUCUCUCCCAGCCAGCUUCCCGGUACUCCUCCAGGGAACAUCUGGACUCUCUUGCCAGGAGGCAGCUGUCCAGGGAUCCACUAGGGAGGCAGACGGUUGGAGGUUCGAGAGAGCGUCUGGACUCCCGGGGCUCCAGGGAUAACCUGGAUCUUUUACCCAGGAGGAGAGAGCUGGGACUGGGGCAAGGAGCAGGACUGGGGGGCUUGGAUCACCAGCGAAUCUCUUCAUCCAGGGAGAACUUGUCAGGAUCCAGGGACAGACUGGACAACCAACAUUCCACCAGCUUCCACACGUCAAGAGAGGAUUUGAGUGGGAACGGUGGAGCUGUUGGAGCUGGAAUGGAGGGGUACCUCAGCGGGACGAGGUCGCAGCUGAACAUGCUGACUCGACGUCAGGGCUCGUCCCGGGAGCACCUCGGAGUGGCUCUGAUAAGCAGCAGGUCAAAGGAGCAGCUGGAGACCAACGGAGCAGGAGCUCAGGCUCAGAUGGGUCGGGAGUGGCUUCGGAGUCUGCCCCCUCGGCAGCCUUCGCACCCCGAUCAGCCUCUCUCUGCCUCACCUCCUCCUCCGAUCUCCGAGGAGCCCCAGCAGGAGCAACUACCUCACUCAGCUCAUGCCAGAGGACGCCUGGACUCUGCAUCUUCAUGUAGGUACCCUGGUCAGACUGUCUCUCAGGUCUCAGGUCUAAAUCCAACCCCCCUGGUUAGACAACCAUCCAGUGAACAGCUGGACAUUCUGUCCUCCAUCCUGGCAUCCUUCAGUUCCUCCGUCCUCACCCCUCCUGCUCCCUCUAACCCUAACGGCUCGGUCCACGGACACUCCCCUUCCCCACCCCAGUCCACCACGUCCCACAGCAUAUCUGAAGUCUCUCCUGACUCAGAAGCCAACAGAAGUGAGGGACAAUCUUGAUGACGGCCUCCGUACCUGUUAAUGCGCUACGACAGUGCAGCCUGCACAAGGAGCAAAAUCAAACAUGGAUGGGCCUGAGGUGAUGGAACAACCAUGGACGUGCAAACAAAUUUAGUCCGAAGCAACGAAACAAAUUAAAGAUGGAAAAAAUAAAAUUUUAGUGACAGUGACAAGAGAUUUGUAGGCAGGCUGUACUGUGUAAACCUUUGGAGUCUGCCCAAACUGAUGGUUUUUUGGACAAUGAAUUAACCACCUCUACUACCUACAAACUGUUAGAAAAUAAAUAAACACACCUAAAACCAGAUAAGAUCCAUUAAAAAAAACACACGAUUGUAAAUAACUUUUUAUACAUUUUUUAGCUUUUUCAUUGAAGGUGAAGAAAUCUCUUGUGAUGUUCCUUUUUUUAUGCAGUCGUGUCUGUGUGUGGUGGUGAAUGAGCUCGAUGCGAAUGCGAACUUGUGAGGGACGAGAUUUCCUCAACAAAAAAAAAAAAAAAAAAAAACUUACAUUUCUUUCUGAAUAACAUUUUCCUCAGAAUGUUUUCCUCACACGGUUGAUCUUUAUGUAAAGCGACAGGGGUCCGGCAAUUGUACUCGAUGAGAUUAUCAAAACCACAAGAGUAGUGGUUAAAAGGGGAAAUAUCAAAGUUGCAGAAAGUGAUUGUAAAUAGAGGAAGGGAUUAUUAUGAGAGAGGAGAUCUGAUGGAACAAGGUGAUUGUGCAAAGAAAGAGUCAAAGCUGGUGGUUGAACCAUUGAAGCUCAGUCGCAGGUGUCAAAGUGUCCGCUCUUUGUUCGAGACCGUGUUGUUUUGUGAUCUGAUGUAUAUAAACAUGAUCUUGUCAUCUAUCUGUGUAACUUUGUGCCUGGUGCUGUCAGAAGCAGACCAUAUCAGACCAGUGAUAUAACAGGAACAUCUCUUCAGAGUUCUGAGAACCCAGUGGGUGAAAGUUGAUCUCUCUGUCUGCCUCCCUGCGCGAGGCUGACUCGUCUAAAAACUGCUUUAAAAGCACUGCCUUUCCUUGAGGGACACCGCGGGAGCAACUGAAUCCCUCCAGCAGCAUC